CAUUAUAUUAUAAACUCUGUAAACACUCUUCUGAACACUGGCUGCAUUGAAGCUGUAUGUUCGGAAUUUCACUAAAUUAGCUACCCAUUCACGCAGCGCUAGCACUGUCGGUACUGUACAUCCACAGACCGCUAGAGCAGAAAUGGAGGAUUGCAAGCGACCGGUGUUUACUUUUGGAAUAAUAGCUGACAUUCAAUACGCAGACAUAGACGACGGCUUAAACUUCCGGAGAACAAGGAAACGCUAUUAUAGGAAUAGUCUUCAACUGCUGCGUAAUGCGAACCAGUGUUGGAACAAGGAGCACAUCAAACCCGGCUUUAUUCUUCAGCUCGGGGACAUUAUAGAUGGUUACAAUAAGAAUUAUGACGCUUCGGAUCGAGCCCUAGAAACAGUUGUCAAUGAAUUUAACAACAGUUCACUAGAGGUUCAUCAUGUGUGGGGUAAUCACGAGUUUUACAACUUCAGCAGAAAAACACUUUUCGCCUCUCCAGUAAACAGCGGAGCACCAACCGAAUCCGGAAGUAGCCUUAUUGGUGACGAAAUUUAUGCGUAUCACUUCAGCCCCGCCCCCAAGUUUCGAUUUGUAGUUCUUGAUGCGUAUGACAUGAGCAUCAUCGGAAGAGAUCCGUCCAGUGAAAAGUACAAUACGUCAAUGAAACUGUUGAAGGAACACAACACCAAUCCUGAUCUCAACAUCUCUCCAGUGUGUAAGGGGUUAGAACAAAGGUUUGUGAAAUUUAAUGGAGGAUUCAGUCAAGAACAGCUUGUGUGGCUUGAUGAAGUCUUAUCCCUUGCUGACCAGAAACACGAGAAAGUAACUAUCGUGAGUCAUCUUCCUGUUCACCCAGACUCUACGGACCCAAUUUGCCUUGCUUGGAACUACGAUGCGAUGCUCUCUAGUCUUCACUCUCAUAAGAGUGUGGUUUGCUUCAUGGCGGGACAUGACCAUGAUGGAGGAUAUCACAGAGAUGUGUCUGGAAUUCACCACCUUACACUGGAAGGGGUGAUUGAAACUUCUCCAGACAGUAAUGCCUAUGGGACUGUUUAUGUCUACGAGGAUCAGAUGGUUCUGAAGGGCAGUGGAAGGAUAUCAGACAGAAAUCUCAAGUAUCCAUGAGCCCUUGUAUGACAGAGAAUACAAUCAUUGUCAGUAACUAUUGUGAAUGAAAAUAAACAUGCCAUUUUGCAUGACAAUAUAAAUUAUACUUACAUUUUAGUGUUAAGUUAUAUUUGAUAAAUAUGUUCAUAAAAUGAUGUUCCAUUUAGAAAGAACAAGGUGAUUUAAUAUCCUCUGUAUCAAUUAGAAAUACUGUAUAUGUGUAGUUGAUGCAUAAUGUCCAUGGAGGUUUGUAUUUAUUUAUUUUAUCAAGAUUUUAGGUUAGAAUGUAUAUUCUGUGUAGCCUAUAUCUUAGGCCCAGUGCUGGUCCCCAUUUCUUUUAAGAUUGUGUAUACUUGAUUCUGUCACUAAUUUAUUUAAAGUUCCUGCAGUGUGACAAAUACAUUUUUAAAAGUAUUUAGUUUAAGUGUCUGAGGUAGAGCUGAAUGGCUUGAAAUGUUAAUUGUGUGAUUCUCACAAAACCUGUCAAGAAAAAUUCCUGGUCCUAUUUUACACUAAAAUCAAUAAGAAAUUACAUUUUGCUUUAAAGAAAUUGAAGCCUAUAUUUUUGGGCCAAUACAGUAUUUGUUAUUAUAAUUGUACAUUAUUUCCAUGACAGUUAUGCUCAA